AUGGAUGUCUCCAACAACCGUCUUUUCCGGUUCUCCAAACCGGAAUGGUUAAACAACAAUUCCGUCCGCAACGCAGGCGUCUACACAUCGGGAGCAUUGUUUUCUCUCGGCUUCUUCUUCUUAGUCGAUGCAGCUGCAUUCUCUCACAGCUCACGAAAUGGUUCAAACGUGCAUGUCAAAUUCGUCGACUGGAUCCCCGGUAUCUGCUCCGCGCUCGGAAUGCUUGUUAUUAACUCAAUCGAGAAGUCACGGCUGCACGCAGAUAGCUGGAGCUACAGUGGAACCGGUGUCGCGUGGAAAGCGCGGUUUGUACUUUUCCUUGGGUUUGCGCUGUUGGCUGGCGGUCUGGCAGGCAGUGUGACGGUCAUGGUUCUUAAAUACCUCAUUAAACAAUACCCCCUGCAGACGCUAUACUUUGGAAUCGCUAAUGUCGUUGCGAAUGGACUCGUCAUGCUGAGCACGAUUGUUCUCUGGAUUUCGCAGAACAUAGAAGAUGAUUACACCUACAACCUUGCGUUGUAG